UUGACAAAACAUGGCUGAUUCAGGAGGUAGCAUCGACUUGAAAGAAGAGGAAAACAAUUCCUCCACUCAGUCGGAGGACAAUGUCAAAUUUAGAGAUCCGUUACUAACUGGUCUUGAAAAGGAUAGUGACGAUGAUGGGAUGGAGAGUCUUGACCUGGAUGCCUCAGCAAGGUCUGACAUCACAGUGUCAAGAAGUUCCAGUCUGAUCGCCAAUUUCCUGGAUGAUGACUUCGAUGGGGAGACGAAAGACCUCUUUGUUAUUGUGGACAAUCCAGAGAAGCACACAGGAACAAUUGAGUCAUAUAUCACAUUCAGGGUGUCCACAAAGACAACUAGAAGUCAGUUUGAUACAUCUGAGUAUGCAGUGAGGAGGCGCUACAAUGACUUCCUGUGGCUACGGCAAAGACUUGAGGAAAACUAUCAGACCCAUCUUGUGCCGCCCUUGCCAGAGAAGCAUACCUUGAAGAGAAUGGACAGGUUCAGCCCUGAGUUUCUGCGAGUCCGACAAGCAGCCUUACAGAAGUUCCUGACCAGACUGGCAGACCACCCAGUCCUCUCCUUUGACAAGAGUUUCCAUGUGUUCCUCACCGCUAAAGCUUGGGAGUUCCAAGCCCAUAAGAAACAGGGGUCAGGAUUUAUCAGCCGUGUGACGGACUCCCUCCACAACAUGGGGGCGUCCUACAUGAUGAAGAACAGGCCCCCGGAGUUUAUGGUGAUGCAUGAGUAUAUUCACACCUUUGGGGAUAAAGUCUGCGUCAUGGACCGCAUUGCCAGCAGGAUCGUCAAGGAACAAACAGAGCUGCUGGGUGAGCUUAAUGAGUGGGCACCUGUGUACACCCUGUGGUCUAAUUCAGAGGAACAGCUCAGCGACACACUUGUGCAGAUGUCCAAGACGAUAGAAUCUACCUGCCAGAUCCUCAAGGACAUUAUUGACUCCACGGAUGACCAGCUGCUGCAGCCCGUCAAGGAGUACAUCCUGUACACAGAGUGUAUCAAGGCUGUGCUGCGCCGCCGUGAUGCUAUGCAAAUGGAGUAUGACAUGAUGGUUGAGGAACUCAACAAUAACAAGAAAGAUGAUUAAGACCAGGUGAAAAUAUCAGACCAGACAUAUUCCAUUGGUGCCUUCCUGGGGAAGGACCCGGAGGACGUGAAACAGCAGAAGCAGGACAAGCUGGAGCAACAGAUAGCUGAUCUGCAACGUCAGAUGGAGAUGCUAAAUGACCGGACAGUGGUGGCAAAUGCGGACUUGAAGGCAGACAUGGAGCGCUGGCACAAGACUAAACAGAGGGACAUGAAGGACAUCUUGGUGAACAUGGCCGACAGACAGAUACAGUAUUACGCAAAGUGCCUUGCAGCAUGGGAGGACUCUAUCCGGGCAAUCCAGACACCGCGAGAAACCAUCACAAUACCAGAUGACAACAUACAGAAACCCGAUGACACAGACAAUGUGUGUGCAGAAACAACAUAGAGACACAGUCACUUAGAUGAGCGGGUACUGCUUUAAAGUAUUUAUACUAUAUCAAGCACUAGAGAUAUUAUUAUACAGCUGCAUGCUUUAGAUGUCAUCUUAAAAGUUCACAUAUUAUGGUCAACUUGGUGUAAUCUUGAUUUGAAGGACUUUGAAGGUACCAAUGUAUUUCUUGCUGGACUAGUAGUGAAGUAUGACAGGUAAAUUUUGAAAGACAAUUAUGCAUAUUUAUAGAUGAGGUGUCAAGUCUUAUAAUAGCAGCCCUAAAGGUUUUGUAUGAAAAUGAAUGUUGACCAUUUGUCAGUCUUGAUUUUUCUGUUCAUGUAUUAUAAUCAUAAUGGUGUUCUGCUACCAAGUAAUGCUGAAGGUGUGUUGAUGCUGAUGGAACAAAUGUAUCCUGGGUUGCCAGUUUCCAAAUCACUAUAUCCAGAAAAAUAUCUUCUACCUUGCUUUCUGUGGCCUACACAGAUAAGACUCUGACUAGAGUAAUCCACUCUCAGCAGCAUCUUGUGUAAGUGUUCUUCCCUCAACCUAACUGUUUUUGGAUUAAGUAUUUAUCAAAAACUACAGCAAUUAGCAAACGUUUUAGUGUGCAGCAAGAAAUGUUUUGUGUAGAGUUGUCUGCCCCAGGUUGUGUGUACAUACACUGUUGUGGCCUCACUGCACGAUACCCUGGUUGUGACAUGUGUUGUGUUAGCUAUAGCCAGUGAUCUCAUCUGUCCACGCACUGAAGGCUAGGUUCAUUUCUUCAUAUAAUGUCUUGAAACAGUCCAAUACUCUGAGAAUGUCUCUAGUUAUUCUGUCAUUCAUUCUCAAGGCUAUGAGAUCAAAAAUAUGAUUUGAUAAGGUGAUACUGACAAUGUGCAGUGGAAUAUAGAUAUUCAUAUUUCAGGCUCCUUUCUGCAAAGUUUUGGCUACAGGUGACUUAAUUCAGGGGUACCAGCACCAGCUCCACGAUGAUGUCAGCCUUGCUAGAAACUGUAGACCCUUGUGUGUUGGAUCAUAAUGUAUAUUAAAUCAUCCAAACUCAUCGAUAGGUCAUAGUGUAGAUGAUGAAAUUAAUGGACUACCUUUCAGCCAUGGAACAGUGAUUGACAUCUUGACUUUUUGUAAUGGGACCAGACUUGGGCAAAUAGGCAAUGCUAGCAAGUUUGAUAUAAGCAAUACCAAAGUUGGAGUCAGCAUUUUGGAAAUGUUCAAAUAAGUGAACUUUCAGACGUAAUCUUGUAAUUUCAACUUCAGAACACUUUAGUGUGAAAGUAGUGUGAAAACAGGGUAGCUUCACUGCUUGUGAUUUACAUUGAUUGUGUUCAGUUGUGUGUGAAAAAAUAGUGACAAAAUGACUUUUGCUAGUUGGUCAAAUUAUCUCCAGAAGAUAUAAAAUCAAUUUGCCAUAUACCAGAUCUAUGUUGAUUUGUUACACAAAAUUUGUUCUUUACCUGCAUUCGUACUCAUCAAUAGUAAUCAUCAUAAUAGUUAUUACUGUUAAUACUCUCCUUCUGUGUUUGUUGGACUGUUUUUUGUCUGAUGAAAACUUGAAAUUUAAGGAUAUUGUUAUUUAUCUCUUGGCCUUUUACCAUCAUAUGUUUAUGUGAAUUGUUUAUUUGAGAUAUAUGAAUGGUACUUUAUCACUUGUUUUCUACUGUCAGCCAUCAGCUGAAACCUCAACUCACUGUGUUGUUCAGCUGUGGCACUUGGAGACAGCAGCAGCCAUCUUAGCUGCAACCAUCUUACCAUUUUUAUACUGAAUAUAAGUUAAUGUUUCAUAUUUAUGACUGCCACCAUCCUCGGUAAUCCAAAGCAGUAUUCUCCAUUCUACUAUGAUAAAUAUACUGCACCCAUGUUCUACUAUACUGGCUAUAUUUCAGAAGUGAUACCACCAGUUCUGUAUCUUUUACAUUAUAGCAGAGAUUCUCGUGAUCAUGAUCUUGAAGUCAACAACCAAUCAGAAUGCUUCUGCUGAAUGUGAGUUUGGCAUAUAUCUCACUUAGAAUUGACGCCUUGUACAAGUGUGUCCUCAGUAUAUGUAAUGGAAUUAAAACAUGUUGUACAACUAUUAGGGAGAAAAGAUGUUUUUCUGAUACAAAGGCAGGGGAGGAAACUCCUUAUGAUACAAAACAUUCCUGUUGGAUUGUGACAAUACAUAAAAAAAGAAUACUGAUGAUGUCGCCACUUGUUUUAAUUAUG